CCAAAUCUAUUAAAUAACAAAUUUGGUGAAAGCUGUCAAAACGUAGCGUGUUCGUUUAGCGUCGUUUGUCGUUUAUGUUUAGAUAUUUCGAAUAAAAUGAGAAAAUAAGCGAUUUGUUAAUAUGUCUUUGCCGCCAUAUAUUUUGGGGCCUAACCCAUGGGCCACAAUGAUGGCCCAACAACAUCUGGCCGCGGCACACGCUCAAGCGCAAGUAGCCGCGGCACAAGCCCAUGCCCACGCGCUUCAACAACAAAUGCCCCCUCCGCAUCCGAAAUCCGAUGUAAUGACGGAAGAUAAACUUCAAGAAAAAGCCCAAAAAUGGCAUCAAUUGCAAUCAAAACGUUUUGCUGAUAAACGCAAACUAGGUUUUGUCGAUGCGCAAAAAGAAGAUAUGCCCCCUGAGCAUAUCCGUAAAAUCAUUCGAGAUCACGGUGAUAUGAGCAGUCGAAAAUACCGCCAUGAUAAACGUGUUUAUUUGGGUGCUUUAAAAUACAUGCCUCAUGCCGUAAUGAAACUUUUGGAAAACAUGCCCAUGCCAUGGGAACAAAUUCGUGAUGUUAAAGUUUUGUAUCAUAUCACAGGGGCUAUUACAUUUGUAAAUGAGAUUCCGUGGGUGAUUGAACCGGUUUAUAUAGCUCAAUGGGGCACAAUUUGGAUCAUGAUGCGUCGUGAAAAACGCGAUCGCCGCCAUUUUAAACGUAUGAGAUUUCCUCCAUUUGAUGAUGAAGAGCCGCCAUUAGAUUAUGCUGAUAAUGUAUUGGAUGUUGAACCUUUAGAGGCAAUUCAAAUAGAAUUAGAUGCAGAAGAAGAUGCUGCCGUUGCUAAAUGGUUUUACGAUCAUAAACCUUUAGUAGGAACUAAAUAUGUAAAUGGGCCUACAUAUAGAAAAUGGAAUUUAACUUUACCCAUGAUGGCUACUUUAUAUAGAUUAGCUAACCAAUUAUUAACUGAUUUAGUUGAUUCGAAUUAUUUUUAUUUAUUUGAUACAAAAAGUUUUUUUACUGCUAAAGCUUUGAAUAUGGCUAUUCCUGGUGGUCCUAAAUUUGAACCCCUCAUCAAGGAUAUGAACCCAGGGGAUGAAGAUUGGAAUGAAUUUAACGAUAUUCAUAAAAUUAUUAUAAGACAACCAAUUCGUACUGAGUAUCGAAUUGCUUUUCCUUAUCUAUACAAUAAUAUGCCUCAUUUUGUGCACUUAUCAUGGUAUCAUGCUCCAAAUGUCGUUUUUAUAAAAACUGAAGAUCCAGACUUACCUGCUUUUUAUUUCGAUCCAUUAAUAAACCCAAUAUCGCAUAGACACGCCGUGAAAAGUCUCGAACCUCUCCCAGAAGAUGAUGAAGAAUAUCUCCUUCCAGAGCAUGUACAACCUUUCUUACAAGAAACUCCCUUAUAUACCGAUAACACCGCAAACGGAAUAUCUUUAUUAUGGGCCCCAAGGCCUUUUAAUUUGCGAUCAGGUCGAUGUAGAAGAGCCAUUGAUAUCCCACUGGUGAAAUGUUGGUAUCAAGAACAUUGUCCUCCAGGUCAACCUGUUAAAGUUCGUGUUAGUUAUCAAAAAUUAUUGAAAUAUUUUGUUUUGAACGCAUUGAAACACCGUCCACCAAAAGCACAAAAGAAACGAUACUUAUUUAGGUCGUUUAAAGCGACUAAAUUUUUCCAAACGACUACACUAGAUUGGGUUGAAGCCGGUUUGCAAGUUUGUCGACAAGGAUAUAAUAUGUUAAACUUAUUGAUACAUCGAAAAAAUUUAAAUUAUCUGCAUCUCGAUUACAAUUUUAAUUUGAAGCCAGUUAAAACUUUAACGACGAAGGAAAGAAAAAAAUCUCGUUUUGGAAACGCGUUUCAUUUAUGCAGGGAAAUUUUGAGGUUAACUAAAUUAAUAAUUGACUCGCAUGUCCAGUAUCGAUUGAAUAAUGUUGAUGCUUUCCAACUUUCCGAUGGCUUACAAUACAUUUUUGCACAUGUUGGGCAAUUAACCGGAAUGUAUCGAUACAAAUACAAGUUAAUGAGGCAAAUAAGGAUGUGUAAAGAUUUAAAACAUUUAAUUUAUUAUAGAUUUAAUACGGGUCCUGUUGGUAAAGGUCCAGGUUGUGGAUUUUGGGCACCUGGUUGGAGAGUUUGGUUAUUUUUCAUGCGCGGUAUCACCCCUUUAUUGGAACGCUGGCUUGGAAACCUUCUUUCGAGACAAUUCGAAGGUCGCCAUUCUAAAGGAGUCGCAAAAACGGUUACAAAACAACGCGUUGAAUCCCAUUUCGAUUUAGAAUUGCGCGCUUCAGUUAUGCACGACAUCGUCGAUAUGAUGCCUGAAGGCAUCAAACAAAAUAAAGCAAGGACGAUUUUACAACAUCUUUCAGAAGCGUGGAGAUGCUGGAAGGCGAAUAUUCCGUGGAAAGUACCCGGAUUACCAAUACCGAUAGAAAAUAUGAUUUUGCGCUAUGUUAAAAUGAAAGCUGAUUGGUGGACGAAUACAGCACAUUAUAAUAGGGAGAGGAUUCGAAGGGGUGCAACUGUCGAUAAGACGGUUUGUAAGAAGAAUCUUGGGCGGUUAACCAGGCUUUAUUUAAAAGCUGAACAAGAAAGACAACAUAAUUAUUUAAAAGAUGGCCCAUAUAUUUCCCCAGAAGAAGCUGUAGCUAUAUACACAACAACCGUACAUUGGUUAGAGUCUCGUCGAUUCGCUCCUAUUCCUUUCCCCCCACUUUCAUAUAAACACGAUACAAAACUACUCAUUUUGGCAUUGGAACGUUUAAAAGAAGCAUACAGCGUAAAAUCUCGCCUAAAUCAAAGUCAACGUGAAGAGUUGGGAUUAAUUGAGCAAGCUUAUGAUAACCCUCACGAGGCUUUAUCAAGAAUUAAGCGCCAUCUUUUGACACAAAGAGCUUUUAAGGAAGUUGGAAUUGAGUUUAUGGAUUUAUACAGUCACUUAAUUCCUGUUUAUGACGUCGAACCGUUGGAAAAAAUUACCGAUGCUUAUUUAGAUCAAUAUUUGUGGUACGAAGCUGACAAGAGACGUUUAUUUCCGCCGUGGGUUAAACCCGCAGACACGGAACCCCCACCGUUAUUAGUUUAUAAAUGGUGUCAAGGAAUUAAUAAUUUACAAGAUGUUUGGGAUGUUUCCGAAGGUGAAUGUAAUGUUUUAUUGGAAUCGAAAUUUGAAAAAUUAUACGAAAAAAUCGAUUUAACCCUUUUGAAUCGAUUGUUAAGAUUAAUCGUUGAUCACAACAUUGCUGAUUAUAUGACAGCGAAAAAUAACGUUGUUAUUAAUUAUAAAGAUAUGAACCAUACGAACAGUUACGGAAUUAUUAGAGGGUUACAAUUUGGCUCAUUUAUUACCCAAUAUUACGGAUUAGUUCUCGAUUUAUUAGUUUUGGGGUUACAAAGAGCCAGCGAAAUGGCUGGACCACCCCAAAUGCCCAAUGAUUUCUUAACUUAUCAAGAUAUUCCAACAGAAACGUGUCAUCCAAUUCGAUUGUAUUGCAGAUACGUUGACCGAAUACACAUGUUUUUCCGAUUUAGCGCCGACGAAGCUCGAGAAUUAAUUCAAAGAUAUUUAACAGAACAUCCAGAUCCGAACAACGAGAAUAUAGUUGGCUACAAUAAUAAAAAGUGUUGGCCGAGGGAUGCUCGAAUGAGAUUAAUGAAACACGACGUUAAUUUAGGGAGGGCUGUAUUUUGGGACAUCAAAAAUCGUUUACCACGGUCAGUAACAACAAUCCAAUGGGAAAAUAGCUUCGUUAGCGUCUACUCAAAAGAUAACCCUAAUUUAUUAUUUAAUAUGUGCGGUUUUGAAUGUCGCAUAUUACCGAAAUGUCGAACUCAACACGAAGAGUUUACCCAUCGAGACGGAGUUUGGAAUUUACAACACGAAGGUAGCAAAGAAAGAACAGCUCAAUGCUUUUUAAGAGUGGAUGAUGAAUCGAUGAGCCGUUUUCAUAAUCGGGUUCGUCAAAUUUUAAUGGCGUCCGGUUCAACGACUUUCACGAAAAUCGUAAAUAAAUGGAACACCGCGUUAAUCGGAUUGAUGACUUAUUUCCGAGAGGCUGUAGUUAACACUCAAGAGUUAUUAGAUUUACUGGUGAAGUGCGAAAAUAAAAUUCAAACUCGCAUUAAAAUCGGGUUAAAUUCAAAAAUGCCAAGUCGAUUCCCCCCGGUUGUGUUUUACACCCCCAAAGAAUUAGGGGGGUUGGGAAUGUUAAGUAUGGGACACGUUUUGAUCCCUCAAUCGGAUUUGAGAUGGUCGAAACAAACGGAUGUGGGGAUAACCCAUUUCCGUUCGGGGAUGAGUCACGAUGAGGAUCAAUUAAUUCCUAAUUUAUACCGUUACAUUCAACCUUGGGAAUCCGAGUUUAUUGAUUCACAAAGAGUUUGGGCCGAGUACGCUUUAAAAAGGCAAGAAGCAAACGCUCAGAAUCGUCGAUUAACUUUGGAGGACCUAGAAGAUUCUUGGGAUCGGGGAAUUCCAAGAAUAAACACAUUAUUUCAAAAGGAUCGGCACACUUUAGCUUACGAUAAAGGUUGGAGGAUUCGAACUGAAUUUAAACAAUAUCAAGUUUUGAAACAAAAUCCUUUUUGGUGGACGCAUCAAAGACAUGAUGGAAAAUUGUGGAAUUUAAAUAAUUAUCGUACCGAUAUGAUUCAAGCUUUAGGCGGGGUCGAAGGGAUUCUAGAACACACUUUGUUUAAAGGGACUUAUUUCCCAACGUGGGAGGGUUUGUUUUGGGAGAAAGCUUCCGGAUUUGAAGAAUCGAUGAAGUACAAAAAAUUAACAAACGCCCAAAGAAGUGGGUUGAAUCAAAUUCCGAAUCGUCGGUUCACUUUGUGGUGGUCCCCAACGAUUAAUCGGGCGAACGUUUAUGUUGGUUUUCAAGUACAAUUAGAUUUAACGGGGAUUUUUAUGCACGGAAAAAUACCAACAUUAAAAAUAUCUUUGAUUCAAAUUUUCCGGGCUCAUUUAUGGCAAAAAGUGCACGAAUCGAUCGUAAUGGAUUUGUGCCAAGUUUUCGAUCAGGAAUUAGAUGCUUUAGAAAUCGAAACGGUUCAAAAAGAAACAAUCCAUCCGAGGAAAUCGUAUAAAAUGAAUUCAUCUUGUGCUGAUAUUUUACUAUUUUCUGCGUAUAAAUGGAACGUUUCUCGCCCAUCUUUAUUAGCGGAUACGAAGGAUACAAUGGAUAAUACAACAACCCAAAAAUAUUGGAUUGAUGUCCAAUUACGUUGGGGUGAUUACGAUUCACACGAUGUUGAGAGAUACGCUCGAGCCAAAUUUUUAGACUACACAACUGAUAAUAUGUCGAUUUAUCCUUCACCCACAGGCGUAUUAAUCGCGAUUGAUCUCGCUUAUAACUUACAUAGUGCUUAUGGAAAUUGGUUCCCUGGGUGUAAACCAUUAAUUCAACAAGCGAUGGCUAAAAUAAUGAAAGCUAACCCCGCCUUGUAUGUUUUACGGGAAAGAAUUCGAAAAGCUUUACAAUUGUAUUCAAGUGAACCCACAGAACCUUAUUUAUCAAGUCAAAAUUACGGAGAAUUAUUUUCAAAUCAAAUAAUUUGGUUUGUCGAUGACACAAAUGUUUAUCGCGUUACGAUUCAUAAAACUUUCGAAGGAAAUUUAACAACUAAACCGAUUAACGGAGCUAUUUUCAUUUUUAACCCUCGAACCGGACAAUUAUUCUUAAAAAUAAUUCACACCUCAGUUUGGGCGGGACAAAAACGUUUGGGGCAAUUAGCCAAAUGGAAAACGGCGGAGGAAGUAGCCGCCUUAAUUCGCUCACUCCCCGUUGAGGAACAACCAAAACAAAUCAUCGUAACCCGAAAGGGAAUGUUAGAUCCCUUAGAAGUACAUUUAUUAGAUUUUCCAAACAUCGUAAUUAAAGGUUCCGAAUUACAACUUCCCUUUCAAGCUUGUUUAAAAGUUGAAAAGUUCGGCGAUCUCAUUUUAAAAGCGACCGAACCUCAAAUGGUUUUAUUCAACUUAUACGAUGAUUGGUUAAAAACGAUUUCGUCUUACACAGCUUUUUCAAGAUUGAUUUUAAUUUUAAGAGCGCUUCAUGUUAACACGGAAAGAACCAAAGUUAUUUUAAAACCGGAUAAAACCACGAUUACGGAACCACAUCAUAUUUGGCCAACUCUCUCUGAUGAUGAAUGGAUUAAGGUUGAGGUACAAUUAAAAGAUUUAAUUUUAGCCGAUUACGGAAAGAAAAAUAACGUUAACGUGGCCUCGUUAACGCAAUCUGAAAUUCGUGAUAUAAUUUUGGGUAUGGAGAUAAGUGCGCCUUCCGCACAAAGACAACAAAUUGCGGAAAUUGAAAAACAAACUAAAGAACAAUCUCAAUUAACGGCCACCACAACGAGAACGGUUAAUAAACACGGUGAUGAAAUUAUUACGAGUACAACUAGUAAUUAUGAAACGCAAACUUUUAGUUCUAAAACUGAGUGGAGGGUGCGAGCCAUAUCAGCUACUAAUUUGCAUUUAAGAACUAAUCAUAUUUACGUUAGUUCAGAUGAUAUUAAAGAAACUGGUUAUACUUAUAUUUUACCUAAAAAUGUUUUGAAGAAAUUCGUCACCAUUUCGGAUUUGCGAGCUCAGAUUUGCGCGUUUUUGUACGGUGUUAGCCCACCGGAUAAUCCUCAAGUAAAAGAGUUAAGGUGUUUGGUUUUACCUCCUCAAUGGGGAACUCAUCAAACAGUUCAUAUUCCUCACGUUCCUCCAAACCACCCCUUUUUGAAAGAUAUGGAACCUUUGGGAUGGAUUCACACUCAACCGAAUGAGUUACCACAACUCUCCCCACAAGAUAUUAGCACUCACGCUAGAUUAAUGGCUGAUAAUACAAGUUGGGAUGGGGAAAAAACGAUUGUAAUAACUUGUUCGUUUACACCCGGAAGUUGUUCGUUAACUGCGUAUAAAUUAACGCCUUCCGGUUACGAAUGGGGAAGGCAAAACACCGAUAAAGGAAAUAAUCCUAAAGGAUAUCUUCCGAGUCAUUACGAGAAGGUUCAAAUGUUGUUAUCCGAUCGAUUUUUGGGAUUCUUCAUGGUUCCAGCUCAAGGAAGUUGGAAUUACAAUUUUAUGGGUGUCCGACACGAUCCGAAUAUGAAAUAUGAACUCCAAUUAUCCAAUCCUAAAGAAUUUUAUCACGAAGUUCAUCGCCCGGCACAUUUCUUAAAUUUUUCUUCAUUAGAAGAUGGAGAUGGUGCCGGAGCAGACAGAGAGGAUGCUUUUGCUUAAAUUUAGUUUAGUAUUAAUUGAUAGGAUGUUAUUAUAUAAGAUUAUUGUAAAUAAAGUUUCUUUCACAAGA